AUGCUGAGCUCGUCCGCGACGCCGACUCAGAAGUCAUUACACAACCAGCAACCCACUUCAUACGGGACGAACAAUGGGAGAACCAGUUUCGAUCGAGAUGCGCUACAGCCUGUAGCCUCGGGCAUGGGCCCUCGCUCGAAUUCUGCUAUGUCCUUCGCACCCCGCGGCUCGUCACUCAAUCCUUCCCCAGCACCAGGGAGCUUCAGCUCAAAUCUGCGGAGCCAGCUUGCCCCUUCGCGGACAGGCUCGAGUCAAGAUGUGAACGUGAACGUUUCUGUAGUGAAUUUGGAGAGAUUAGAUGAGGAUGAUGGAGCGGUUCCGGGUCAGGUCCUCGCAGCCUUGCGGGAAUCGCUGAACCGAGAGAUGAAGAUCAAAGAGGGCAGCGAAAACAUGCUGGAGGCCUUGAACACGAAGAAAGCGAAACAAACGAAAGAGCAGCGGUUGAGAGUGGAAGCGGAAUUGAAUUCGUCGAAUCAGAAGAUCAGGGCACUGAAGAAUGAAAUAUCAGAGUUGCAAAGGCCAAAACAACCCUUAACCCCGACACGAAGUCGCAUGGAUACGCUGUUCCAGAGCAAUGGUUUACGGUCUCCCCCAAGUGCUGCUAGAAGUGCUGGCUCAGAUUACGACGAACCACAGGAAUCCCCAACAUACGCUCUGGCAGAGAUAUUACAGGCACUUGAAAUCGAGGGGCUUACACCAGAUUACUACGUUGGACAUGCAAACAACCUGGUGGAACUUUUCAAGAGAUACCCAACGUUAAAAUAUGACCUGGUCUGGUCAGUUUUCGGUUUGCGGAUGCAAGUUAUGCUUCUGAGUGAAAGCAGAGAAGUUGUUGCUGCCGGCUAUCGAAUGACUCGAUAUGCAAUAUCAGAUAUCAGUUCGUUACAGAAAAUCCGAACACUCAAUACGGAUUAUUUAGUGGUGCUUUCCCUCAUUAAGAAAUCUAAUGCAGACGUCGAGCGUGAGCAGGCGCUUAAAUUUGUACGUGCAUUCGUGGACGUCAAAGAUGGCAUCCAAGAGGUGUCCAGAGCUGUUGUAAGAACAAUAGCAUCAGUUGCUGAGCAUGCCGAGGAUCGCCUGAGAUCCAUUUGUAUCGAAACCUUGGGUGAGAUGAUGAUCCGAGAUCCAGGUUUGCUCGUUAUUUCAGGAGGCAUUAGACCGCUAGCCGAUGCACUUGGUGAAGGGACCUACGAAGCUUCUGAAAGUCUUACAGCAGCUUUCUUAUUCCUGAUGGAUGCACCUCAACGCAGAAAGUAUCUUCGCGCAGGCUAUGAGCUCGAGGAUAAAAUCCCCAUUCUGGGCGACUUCAUUUUUGGCUGGACGGCGUCUGACUACCUACGGGCGUGUUGCUACUCUAAAAUCAGCGACGUCAAACCUGGUCAACCAGUGGAGGAAGAGACCGGAGACAAGAAUUUUGUGGAUCAUUAUACCGCUCUUUUGCUGGCAGUCUUGAUUACUUCGGACAUGCUGCCUGGGCUUUUGCAGGUCACACGAGACGCCGAUAAUUCGAUGUUGAAACGAAAGACCACCUUGCUUAUUGGAGAAGUAUUAAAGCUUGCUUCUCGAUUACUACCUUCAAACUGGAGUAGUGAUUUGCAGCUUUUGCCGGAUUUAUUCGCUGCCGCAUCACAUUUCGGAGAUGAGGAACGCUUUGAUGCAACUGGGACGGUAUAUCAGAUAAGCAGUGUGAGCAGGACAUUGUACCGAACAGCUCCUAAUGUUACAGGCGCUCUUGUUGGCGUUGCCAAUAACAGCCACGACAAUCUAACAAGCCUGGAGGACCAACCUAAGAUCAAUCCUAACGUUUCUAUUGAUGAAAACACUUUUCGUCAAUUGUUGGUCGAAACGCAAGUGCUCUCAAGUACGAAUCCCAUCAAAUGGAAAUGGGAUAUUGUCUUGAAGAUCAUAGAGGGACCGCUGUUGAAUGGGAAGCGACUUGACGAGGCUAUCAAAGCCUCGAAAUUCAUCAAGCGCAUUAUGAGUUUCUAUAGGCCGUUCAAAUACAAGUUCGCUGAGAUUCGGUAUACUCGUAUUAAUCAGAAGUACAUAAAAGUCGGUUGUGCGCUCAUACACACCCUUCUUCAGACGACGGAAGGUGUCAAAUAUCUUGCCGAUAAUAAGUUGCUUAGGCAAAUUGCCGAAUGCCUAGCACAAUGUGAUCCAACAAGUGGUUUGACAGCCCAGUCUCCUAUGUUCUCGAAGGAACGACUCUCAGAAACACUCUGUAGUGGAUACUUUGCGAUGCUGGGAACGAUGAGUGGAGACCCAAAAGGGUUGCAGAUGCUUGAUCGAUGGCGCAUGAUCAAUAUGAUGUAUCAUAUUAUAGGUCAAAAGCAACGCCCUGAUCUGAUCAAGCUACUCUUGUCAAAUUUUGAUUACAGCUUGCAAGGACAUCCUAGAGUGCUCCUUUCAAAGGCUCUCACGGCGGGGUCCAAAGAAAUUCGCAUCCAUGCAACAAACGUUUUGAGGAAAUAUUCGAAAAGUUCACGGCCUACCCAAAGUGUUGGUGACUCGAAAUGGGCUAUUCAACUCCUCGUCACCCAGCUCUACGACCCCGAAGUAGAAGUUUGUGCUACUGCUAUCAAGAUUCUCGAGGAAGCUUGCAAUCGCAAGAAUUAUUUGGAGUACGUUGUGCAAUGUCGGCCGGCUCUUGAUCAUCUAGGAGAGAUUGGCGCGCCUCUGCUUCUUCGUUUUCUUUCUACUUCCAUUGGGUAUCACUAUCUUGAUGGCUUGGAUUAUAUUAGUAACGAAAUGGAUGAUUGGUUUCUUGGCCGAAACGAUAGCUACGUUGGAGUUAUUGAGGCAAGCUUGGCACGUGCCUUCGUGGAGAUGCCAGAGGAGACGUCGAAUCGUAUGAGCAUCGAUGAAGAUACUUUUGAGCUGGAUGCUGAUAACGACGGUCAUGUGCCUCCGCACUUUUACAGGGAGCUGACUAGGACCAAAGAAGGAUGCAAGCUGUUGCGAGACAAGGGUCACUUCGAGGAGUUCGCAUCAACGAUCCGCGAUUAUGGAAUGCUUUCGGAUGAUCCAGAGAUAAUACUCAAAGUCAAAGGGUGCUUAUGGGCUGUGGGCAACGUUGGGUCUAUGGAGCUCGGUGCGCCGUUCCUGGAGGAAUCGGACGUUGUUGAAAACAUCGUCAGGAUCGCGGAAUCACACGAGGUAAUGAGCUUACGAGGGACUGCCUUCUUCGUCUUGGGUCUCAUCUCCCGCAGUGUCCAUGGACUCGAGAUCAUGUCCGAAUUUGGAUGGGAUAGCAACACCACAACAAUGGGCGCUUCUCUUGGACUUUGCAUCCCCCAGAAUCUCAACAAGUUCUUCUCGUACCAAACCUGGAGUCAUGAGAAAGCCUCGGAAAUCACCGCGUCAAGAGAACAACGUGCCGCCAUUAUGGCAGCAAAAACCGAUGACGACUUCGUCAGCAACCGAAUCUUGGAACUCGUUAUCGAUCUCGGUAACACUGUGCUACAAAAACGGGCGAUGACUGAACUCAUGCACAUCAAAUCGAAGAAGCUUCCCAACUUCAACCAUCCAGCUCUCUUCAGGAAAGUCAUGACCUUACUAGAGUCAUCUCACUUCCGCAUCAACGUCCGCCGCUUCGUCAUCGAGCUCUUCGAACGCAGCGUUCUCCGACGCAUCGUAUUUGAAGAAGAAAGCGACGACGAAGACAUGGACAGUGACGAUGACAGUAGCAGCGAGGGCCGGACGGAGCGGCAGAGGAGUAUUAGCGAGCUAUGA